AUGGAGCAUUUAGCAUCAACAAAACCUAUCAAGCCAUCAGUAACCAUCCAAGUGACGACUGGCGAUGGCCAGCCGUUACAGUUGCAAUGCUGUCGGCUGCCCACCACCGGAGACCUACAGUUAGGAUACCUACAUGGUGUGCAGAUGGUAUUUGAAAAAGUGACACCAGACUUAAAAUCAAAGACACAAGUCCUGAUCCGCGGCGAUACAAAGGAGACUAAGAAGAAAACAAAGCAAACAAACGAAGUAAACAAAGUUCGGGCCGACACCAGCUCUAACGAUGUCACUUAUGUCGAGCCUAUGGGUGGGGUUACGAGGAAACGGGCCACGCCAGGAGGCAAGGUGGAAGUACCAAUGGAGGAGCGUCUAGCUAACUUAACUGUGGACCUAAAAUCUCGAGGCAAGACGGCAGUGUCUCAUAACCUCACGAAGCUGCUCAUGCAGGCGCUGCACUCCAAGGACCAAAAAUUGAUCCAAACAGUCCUCCAGCACAACAAACCCAUGGUAGCUCUUCAAACAGUGAGCGCCUUACCAGCUGACUAUGUACUCCAGCUGUUACAGCAGUUGGCCGAUAUGUCCUCCAGGAAGACCAGCCAAUGCGCGGCAGUGUGUACUUGGCUGUCAGCAGUGCUGCGCUGCCAUUCCGCGUUAAUAUUGGCCUCGGCCAACUCGCAAACCGGUGUGGAUAAACUCACUCAUUUGCUGGCUGUAUUCACUCAUAGACGCUCCCACCUCUGCCAACUUCUGAACCUGAAGGGUCGUUUAGACUUGACGAUGUCGCAACGACAAGGUCAAGAUUCACAGGUCGAUCAGCAGCCGAUUUUGGAGUAUAACGAUACAUCAUCAGACGAGUCGGAAAUGGAGGUAGAACGAGCACAAUCCGACAGCGAGCAUUCGUGGGAUGCCAACGAGAGCGAUGGUGACGGCCAUGACGGACUUAGUGGUGCCGAUGACGGACAAAGUGACGGCGAUGAUGACGCAAAUAGUGAUGAUGGCGGCGGAGAUUAAAAAUAUAAUUUUAUUGUUAUAAU